AUGAUUUCGGCCGGCGAGGAGGUCACUUCCAGCUUGUUGAGCCCCGGAGGAGGUGCAAUCUCCCCUGCUUUGGAGCUGAGCCUCACCACAGCGUACACCGUCCUGUACUCGCUCCUCUUCGGCUUCAUCUACCUGCAGCUGUGGCUCGUUCUGCACUACGGAUACAAACGCUUUAGCUACCAGAGUGCGUUCUUGUUCCUGUGUUUACUGUGGGCAGCGCUCAGGACGACCCUCUUCUCUUUCUACUUUGAAAAUGGGACGCAGGCCAAGCAGCUACAGCCGCUGGCCUACUGGUUGCUCUACUGCUGUCCGGUCUGCCUCCAGUUCUUCACCCUUUGCCUGCUCAACCUCUACUUCUGGCAGGUGGUAUUUAAGGCAAAAGCCAAGUAUUCCCCAGAGCUCACCAAAUACAGGGUGGCUCUAUCACUACUCUUCCUGUCCGUCUGUAUAUUUUUCCUUGUGGUGAAUUUAACGUGCGGAUUGUUGGUGCAGGGAGCUUUGGAGCGUUCUGAAUUGCCAAGUGACAGGAGUGUUAGACAUGCUGUCCUGGCCCGUGUCCUGAUCAAUGAUGGCCUCUUCGUCCUGUGUGCUGUAUCUCUGGCUGUCUGCAUCUUCCGCAUUGCUAAGAUGUCCUCCGCCAAUGUUUUCCUCCAAUCUAAGGUAGGUAAAGGUAAAGGAUACCUUCACACACAGCUGCUGGCUCAACCACUGAGGAAUCUUAAAAUGUACGUACAUGGAACAUCAGUGUGUCAGGCGGCAGCUAUGGGGGCGAUGGUGAUUGUCCUCUACACGUCGAGAGCAUGUUACAACCUGGUGGUGUCGCUGUCGCCACUGGGUGAACCAGAUUUGUGCAACUACAGUUGGUACACAGUUUCUGAUCAGGUGAAUUUGGUACCUGUAUGUGCUUUGGUUUUGCAGACUGAUGUGCUGAAGCUCAGCGGUGAAGCUUACAUGGUGUUUGGAAUCAUUUUGUUCUUCUGGGAGCUGCUGCCUACCAGCUUGAUGGUUCUUUUCUUCCGAGUCCAGAAGCCCAACCAAAACAUGGUUCCUGCAGGAAUCCUCAAUAGCCACACUUUUGGCUCCAGGGAUUCUUUUUUCGACAACCCGAGGCGGUAUGACAGUGAUGAUGACCUGCCCAGAAACAACAGGAGCGAUCGAGCUAGCCUGCCCUCGUCCACGAUGCAGCCCAGUUGUGUCUCCAGUUGGUACGGCUCUAUCCAAUGUAACGGGACACUGGUGUCAACCCAGCCGCCGCCAUCCUCCGCCACAGCCCCUCUUCUAUUCGCUUACAGAAACGUCCAGAGUACCCAGCACCAUCACCACAACUACUACUCCACACCGCAAAGUAAUCAACACCAUCAUGGUUAUAAUUACUCUACUCCUCAGAGCUGA